UUUUCAGCUGCUCUAAUGCAAAACAACAGAUUAUUUUAGUUAUAGAACGUUGCUUGUACAUAAUUGCGGUCUUUCUGUUAGUCAAACGUGAGGCAAUCUCUAAAUUACAGGAUUUAUGGGACCUCAGACUUUUCAGCAGGGUUUUCCAAAAUCUUCGACACAAAGCAAUGGUCUUGUUCACUUUGAAGAUGUUUCUCAGGAAAAUUCUAUUGCUGGGAAGCCAGGUUAUCAAUUGACGGAUUUCAAAUUCAAGAGACUAGUUAUUCAGAAACAGGGAUAUCAAGUGUAUGAGGGAUCAGUAAGUAUAGAAGUGGGAAAGAAAUCUCAAUCUAUUUAUUUGUGCAAGAUCUCUAAACAAUCAUCCAUAUUCGACUAUGUAUUUAUUUUAAAAAGACUCUCGUUUCUUCGGAGUAUAGCGGAAUAUAGAGAGAUUUCGUGUUACUUUUCACACUUUGAAAAUCAAGAUCACUUCUUCAUUGCUCUUCAAAACUUAUCGGACUCUAGCUUGUACAAUUACGUUUCCAAUAUUUAUCCUAAAGGCGUCCCGUUGGCAAAAAUUAAUGCGUUAGGCAAAUCGCUACUCAGCGUUAUGCUAAAACUUGCCCAGUACGGUAUACAUUGCACCUCUAUCUCCGUAGAGGAUAUUUUUCUUUCACCGGAUUUUAAGGUUCGGAUUGACAUAUUUGGACUCCUACGUUUUCAUUGCGCUCCUAUACUGCCUAUUCCCGAGCUUUCGGCAUAUGAAGGACCGUCACCAAACACCGAUUCCUGGAAUUUCGGCUGUAUAUUACUAUGCUCUUAUCUUGGUGCAAAUAGCCUACUCCUUUCAAACUUGGAAGUAGAAACAAAAAAGUUACGUUCUUUAAGUGAUUCGAAGCUUUCCCCUUUCCAAGUUUUCUUAAAAUGCCUACUACAUCUUAAUCCAAGAAAAAGACUGCCGCUAUCGAGAGCUGCGACUACGUCUUUUUUCUUAGAUCCCACGAUGGGAAAGGCAAAACAAAAUACGAUUAAAGCUUCAACGAAGGAGAUCCCCUCUUUCAAUGUCUACGAUUCAGUGAAAGACAACCAACAACUUUCAUCAUCAGUGAAAGAACACGCAGUUGAAGACUUAGAAAAAAUUAGUUUAAAGGAGGCACUUCAACCUUCCGAAGAUUUCUCUUCCAAAUUUGCAACUGCAAAGCUUCACCGUUUCAAAGCUCGAUCAAGAGUGCCGUUUGCCAAAGUUAGCGCUGAGGCCGAUUUGGAAAAACUAACACAACAUGAUGACCUUAAUGAGUUAAACGAAACGAAGAUCCUUACGAAUACCCCUUCACAAACUGUUGAGAUGCCUACUAUGGUGAAAGACAAACUAAGUGAUUUUGCAAAAAAGUAUCAUUUUGAUUUACACGGUUGCAGGCCCUAUGAAAAGGAGACCAAUACCAUGUCUAUUGAAGUGACAGAGUCUGUCCUUCGUCUCUUCUUAAAAAAAAGCGGAUUGCUGUAUGAAAUCAGUUCUAAUGGCGAAUACAUCAAAGUAAUAUCACCUGAAGACGAGAAGGACUACUUUAUCGAUGACCUUCCUAUUCAGCAUUUGCCCGCAUACAGAUUUUCCAGUAAAAUUGUGGGAAAACUGAAGAAAGAUCGUUGCGUCCUUGCCGUCAAGAGUGAUGCGAUCGAUUGUAACCUUUAUAAUAACGGCAACUUACAGCUGACAAAAGGGCACUAUACCAUAUUAUAUGCGCCGAAACGGAGGAGAAUCUAUGUCAUCGACAAUAAUAACAACAAAGUCUACACGCAUGUUAGUGCAAGAAAUCCGCAAUUCAAACUCGAUGUAGAAACAUGGUAUCUAAAAUGCAAAUCGCUACUUUCAGAGGAUGUCAUUUUCCCUCAGUGCAAGUUUUAUCCCCAAUACGGUUGGUUUGUGAAAACAGGAAAUUCUUAUGACUUUUUGUUUAUUGACGGAACAAGGUUAAACAUGAGCAAAAAUGAAAUUACUUUCAUUGAAGAAGGAAAAACAAGACAGAAGUGGGAAAGAAAAAACGUUCCUCUUUGGCUAGCUUCAAGAGUGAGUGUUUUGGACGAAGCGUUAAUGGAAGACGGAUAGAACGAAGCAUAUAAAUUAAUAAAUACUUCACUCAUUUCCGCAUUUGUUGUGUUUUACAUUAUAUUGCAUGAAGCAGUGUCAAGGGAACCUUCCCCAGUAGCAUUAUCCCAGUUUGAAUGGUGAGCCAAUCUUGACAACAUCCGACUGUAGAGGUUAAU